AUGGAUUCCGCCUUGAGCUCAUCGAUUUCUGUGUACAUUCCCAGUUCACAGCCUAACGAUGAAGACAAACUAUCAUCGAGGCUACACAAUGUCAUAAAAGAUGCUUUAUUGUCACUCUACUCCAAUAAUAUCCAGAUAUCUUUCAAUGGUGGCGCUGACAAAAUCUCCUUAAAUGAACUAAAUGGACUUUUUUCGUUCUAUAGGGAUUCUAUGGACGAUGUAGCCACUAAAAAGAAGUUUGACGAGGAUUUAUCUUAUACACUUAGACUCAUUGAGGGAUCUAAAGUUGGUGAAUAUCGAAUAUGUGAAGUAUAUCCACUUUUGCGAAAGAUUCUUCUAAUAAUGGAAGGGUAUCUAAGACAUAUUUACAACAUGUUCCUCUUGGAUACAGCAAUCCUCUCAGAAGAUAUACAUUUUGGAGAUGACCUUGUGUGUGAUGUCCUGGAUAGAAUCUAUGAUAGUUGUGGAGUAUCACUUAAUAAGGAAGUGCUUCUUUCUAGAUUUGAUUUUAAUGCAAUUGAUUUCGACACUGCUUUUUCAUCUAUUGAAAGAUUAUCCACUGCAAUUUCUCAUGUCAUUGAACACGUUUAUAGUAAUGAUUCAAAUUAUAGACUGGAAAUUAUAGUUACUUCUAUACUUUCUGGUUAUCUCCAAAGAUUAAUAUCACUACUAGUUGUUAUAUACAUAUCAACGGUGGAUAAAUCUAGGUUAUAUGAUAAACCUACAAGAUCUAAUGAUUGCACUCCAACUGAUCAGCAAACGACAAUUUUUGAACCUGUUAUACCUGGAAUAGAAUUAUCUUUCCUGGAAUAUUUGGAAAAACUAAAGGACAUUUCGAUAUCAAUAUUAAGUCUACCAUUUAAGUUUGACGAUGUAGAUCUAUUAGAGUAUUGGUCCAUUGAUAUGGUUGUUCCAAUCUUACUUACAUUUAAGUACGGGUUUGCAGUUAUCUCACAAUCAUAUUUCAAGAAUCACGACCUUUCUGAUUUGUUGUUCUAUUCAGCCAUAAAUUACGUGUCUAACAUACCAAAUACAUUUUUUUCUGGGGAAGUUUAUGGAACUACUGUCAAAUAUGUCCACGAGAUAGUGGUUCUACAUGUUAACAAUCUGACUAAGUUGAACGGAUUUAUCAAGUCUCACUUUUGUACACAAUACAAUCAGGUUCAAAAUACACACAAUGGUUAUAAAUCUACAACACCACUUGUACCUACAAAACAAAUUGUUGGUUAUUCACCCACAAAUUAUGAUAGCGUUAAUAGAGUUUCCUUAGCCUUACCGAAUACAAGUGCAUCAAGCAGAGAUAUAAGUACAUAUUUUCAAAUAAAUGAACUAAAAUCCUUUAUCGAAGAAUACAAUGUUGUUGCUGAAUCUUUGUCAAAAUAUUGUGAACAUUUUUUUAAUGUAAUAUUAUCAAAUAGUCCGGGCGAAAAUGAUUGCUACAUUGAACUUAUAGAUGCUAUAUCACAACUUGUUAUAAGGGUUACAACUACUGUAAUCUAUGCUGACGGAUUAGUCUAUAUUACAAGGAAAAAUCCGAAUUUGGAAGUGAUUUCAUCAAUAAAACUUAUAUUGGAAUAUGUUUGGCAUUUUUUGUCCACUUUUGUUAAUCAUGUUCCCUUUGAUGUUAUCAGUGCUAUUUACUAUUAUAUCGGGAGCAAACUUAAUGAUUCCAAUGUUGAUGCACAAGUAUAUAUUUUUAAUAUCAUAUUGAACGAUUUUGACAUAGACAAUCCUCACCUAUCCAGUGAUAAUUAUCCAAAAGUAAUAAGCAUGUUGGAAUCAUUGAUGAAAUGUUCUGGUUCAAUAUGUAGUCACUUCAUAUCAUUUGAGCAUUCAAACUCACUAUUAUACAAACAACUUAGGACUUCUUAUCUUUCUUUGUCUUUUUUUACUUUGUGUAAAUUAUUCAUUGCAGAACUUGUAAAGCCAAAUAAAUAUUCGUUUGGAAUAUUGGAUUUGUUUGUUUCUUGGUGUUGUAGUGAUAAAAUUUACGAGAACCUUAUCGCAAAAUCAUUGUGCAGAUUUACAAUAGAACUCAUGAAUACACAUCCUGAGUAUAUCCCUGCUGCAAAGUAUCUUAUGGAUAUUGUUUUAGGUUUGUGUUUCUCAGGAAUCACGGAAAUACAAUUCAUAAAAAUCAGGGAACCUCUAGAUCCAUCUAAGAUAAAUGUCUUUAGAUAUCUAAAGAUAUUGGCUGAAAGUACAUUAUCAACCUGGUUACUAGAAAAUGUGGUUGUUAUAUAUACAUGUGCCAUUGUAAAAUGUUUUGGUGAUAUAAUGAGGAACUACUUUCAUACUGAUGAACGGUGUAUCUGUAUAUUCUGUUCAUUCACCUGUUAUUAUCCAGAAACGAUAAACGGGACCUGUAACUGCGUAGAAUCCCCGAUUGUAAAUGAUCUACCAUCAAUACGUCACUAUCUUGAAUUGGUAGCUUCACUUCCAUGGGAUAAAUACCAAAGGAUUGGAUGUGAUACUUUUACAAACAUUAUGUCGUUCACACUAAUGACUCUAAAUAACAUUUUGAUAUUUAUAACUCAAACAUUAUUGGAGCAAAAGGGAAGUGCCAAUUUAGAAAUGAGAUUUACUCUCUUCACCAUAGCCAUAAAAAUAACUCACACACUUGUAAAAACAGGAAAUUUUGAAACUGAUGAUUCGAGAAUACUAAUGCUCUUAAAGCUAUUUUCUCUGUUAGGGUGUUCGCAAGUUUGUAUAUCCAAUAACACAAGUGUACACUUGGAUUUAAUAUCACAGUCCAUCUGUAUUUUGGAUGGUGUCACAAGACAAACUCCUACUUUGCAACUCUUGGAACUACAUAAUGGUUUGCUUGGCAUCCUAAUGGGAAAACUGGUUCAAUAUCCAUACACUCUUUUAACACCUGGUAAUUACAGAAUUAAGACGGAUGUUGUAGCGAAAAACUACUUGUUGAGCAUAAACAAUAUGCUUGGACAAGUGAACAAGAUCAAUUCUCGCGCCAUAAAGCUACUCUACAACUGUUACAUUUGGAAGUUUUGCAAACUAAACGGUGCAAAUGAUCAACCAUUAGGAAGUCUCUUCAUAGAUAACGAAAUCACGAAUCCGGAAGAACCGCUAAAAUUCCGACUUUUCGUCAAUCUGGCCUUUAUCUUCUCUUGUUCAAUCACAGAUGCUACAUUCAAAAAAUGUGAUGAUGUACUAAUGAUAACAAAAGGUACCUAA